AUGGUGCCGCCAGCAGUUCCUGGGGUGCCGUCAGGUGAGUAAUGUUUCCCUGUGCUGGCUGGAACGACCUCCCGCACAAUUUAAAAUCAUCCCUAAGCCUAAAGUCCUUUAAGAGAUCCCUCUCUACAUACCUCAAAACAGAAUGCACGUGUCAUGAUUGAUUAUAUAUUUCCUGCCUGUUCUAUGUUAAAUUUUGUAUAUAUUGUGUAUUAAUAUUGUUUUUGUAUUUUGUUGUACCUAAUGUAACAAUGCAAUGAUUUGUGGACCCAGGACAUACUUGAAAACGAGAGAAAUCUCAAUGUAUCUUUCCUGGUAAAAUAUUUUAUAAAUAAAUAAUGGAGUGAACAACAGCUUGUGUUAUGUCACCUGAUGUCAUUCUCGGUCAUUUGACAAACUAUGAUACACGCAUGAUGUGCCUAAACUGUAUGCGCUGAAUCCGGCCCUCGGCGAAGAUAUCACUCGCCAUCACAACUGUCCUUAUCGAUCCUGUGUGUGAAUUUCUAAUCUGUGUUUUACAUGGCUUUUAACUCUUUGAGCAGCAGGUACAUUGCAUUUAGGUUUCUGGCUAAAUGACAAAUUCUUCCAGUGUUUUCUGAAAGUUUCCCGAAGUAUUUCUUCACCUAGAAUGGCGGUGUGAGCACAGCGUAGGAAUUGUGGUUUCAUGAUAAACGCUCCACUUUUAUUAAAAUACCAAUAACAUAGAUUUAUUUUCCAUCUGCGUUUUAAAAAAUCUGCCAAUUUCUAAUAACUGGCCAGUUUAACUCGCAAUUUCUCUUUUCGUCCCAAGACUCAGAAAAUAUACCUGAGAAUCUGCCCAUUCACACUGAGAAUAUGCCCAUUCACUCUGAGAAUCUGCCCAUUAACACUGAGAAUCUGGCCAUUCACACUGAGAAUCUGCCCAUUCACUCUGAGAAUCUGCCCAUUAACACUGAGAAUCUGGCCAUUCACACUGAGAAUCUGCCCAUUCACACUGAGAAUCUGCCCAUUAACACUGAGAAUCUGCCCAUUCACUCUGAGAAUCUGCCCAUUAACACUGAGAAUCUGCCCAUUCACUCUGAGAAUAUGCCCAUUCACACUGAGAAUCUGCCCAUUCACGCUGAGAAUCUGCCCAUUCACACUGAGAAUCUGCCCAUUCACUCUGAGAAUCUGCCCAUUAACACUGAGAAUCUGGCCAUUCACACUGAGAAUCUGCCCAUUCACUCUGAGAAUCUGCCCAUUAACACUGAGAAUCUGGCCAUUCACACUGAGAAUCUGCCCAUUCACUCUGAGAAUCUGCCCAUUCACUCUGAGAAUAUGCCCAUUCACACUGAGAAUCUGGCCAUUCACACUGAGAAUCUGCCCAUUCACGCUGAGUAUCUGCCCAUUUACCAUGAGAAUCUACCCAUUCACGCUGAGAAUCUGCCCAUUCACUCUGAGAAUCUGCCCAUUUACUCUGAGAAUCUGCCCAUUCACAGUGAGAAUCUGCCCAUUCAUGCUGAGAAUCUGCCCAUUCACGCUGAGAAUCUACCCAUUCACAUUGAGAAUCUGCCCAUUCACACUGAGAAUCUGCCCAUUCACUCUGAGAAUCUGCCCAUUCACACUGAGAAUCUGCCCAUUCACACUGGGGAUCUGCCCAUUCACAAUGAGAAUGUGAACACUCCAUACACACUGUCACUAUUGCACCUUGAACCUGUGAUGUUACAGAGGGUGUGUGAGGUUCAGUGA